CAGUGUAUACGACACUCACUAUUGUUGUAAUACAUUGAGUGUAGCGCUGGACUCAUACCAUACCAUACAUACACUUAUACUCUAUUUAUAUAUGUAUUGUAUCUCUCAAUACAUUUACUUUACUGUUGUAGUGAUAUAUGUGUUAAUCAAAUGGCAAAUCAUUUUGUUAUUUCAUUUAUUUUGUGUUUCAAUUGAUUAGUGAAACCAUUAAUUAAUUUAUUUAUUUGUUUGUAUUAAACCUAUUAUUUAUGUCAUAACGUAUCUAAACUCGAGAUAUAAUAUCAACGACAACACCGAAACCGACACUUAAGAAGUGGACCAAAUGAGUGGUGACUCCUGAAGACGACUUGUCAGACAAUUUAGACUAUUGUUUGCCACAAGAGUUGUGUAACUGUCUGUCUCUCUGAACACCACAUCUAUAGACGUGUGAUAUCUUUAUAGAGAAAUAUUGUGUUAAUGAUUGAACUUCUUCUGGUGUGUCGACUAUUAUGACUAAAAACAAUAACAUGAAUUUAACUGAAGAUUCAAUUGAAGGUAACGGCGAGAUUCAGUGGUGUUUCUCUCAGGUCAAGGGAACGCUUGAAGAUGAGGUCACCGAUGCUGACAUUAUAUCAUGUGUUGAGUUCAACAACGACGGCGAACUAUUGGCCACCGGCGACAAAGGAGGCCGAGUUGUCAUUUUCCAAAGGGACCAAUCGUCUCAGUCACAGAGGACAGACCUAAUGAGAAGGUCCGACUAUAACGUCUACAGUACUUUCCAAAGUCACGAACCGGAGUUUGAUUACUUAAAAAGUCUUGAAAUUGAAGAGAAGAUCAACAAAAUUCGUUGGUUAAGAAGGAAGAAUGCGCCACACUUUCUAUUGUCGACAAAUGAUAAGACAAUUAAGUUGUGGAAAAUCAAUGAAAGAGAUAAACGCAUCGACGGUUACAAUCUUCGUGAUGAGACCGGACAAAACAGGGAUCCCAAUUCGUUGACGUCUUUACGGGUGCCAACACUGAGGCCAAUGGAUCUGAUGGUUGAAGCUAGUCCGCGAAGAAUAUUUGCCAACGCACACACCUAUCACAUCAACUCUAUAUCAGUGAACAGUGAUCAGGAGACCUACCUGUCCGCCGAUGACCUCCGUAUUAAUCUCUGGAAUCUUGAAAUUACCGACGAAAGCUUUAACAUCGUUGACAUAAAGCCAGUGAAUAUGGAAGAGUUAACAGAAGUGAUAACUGCCGCUGAGUUUCAUCCGUCACACUGUAAUCUGUUUGUCUACAGUAGUAGUAAAGGAAUUAUCAGAUUAUGCGAUAUGAGAGCGGCCGCACUCUGCGACCAACACGCCAAGAUCUUCGAGGAGCCCGAAGAUCCCACUAAUCGAAGUUUCUUUUCGGAAAUCAUAUCGAGUAUAUCGGGUAUUAAGUUCUCAAACAACGGUCGUUAUAUGAUAUCACGCGACUACUUAUCUGUGAAAGUCUGGGAUCUCAAUAUGGAUUCGCGACCCAUUGAGUCAUAUUUAGUUCACGAAUAUUUGCGGUCAAAACUGUGCAGUCUUUACGAAAACGAUUAUAUUUUUGACAAAUUUGAGUGUUGUUUCAAUGGAAACGAUUCAUACAUUAUGACCGGAUCGUAUAAUAAUUUCUUUAAGAUAUUUGAUCGACAAACCAAACGAGAUGUCAUGCUUGAGGCGUCCAAAGAGAUUGCAAAACCAAAAACCAUUUUAAAGCCAAGAAAAGUCUUUACAACGGGAAAGAAGAAGAAGGAUGAGAUAAGCGUUGAUAGUCUUGACUUUAACCGUAAAAUACUUCACACGGCGUGGCAUCCAAAUGACAACAUCAUAGCAGUGGCCGCUACUAAUAAUCUAUUCCUCUUUCAGGACAGACUUUAGUAUACAGUUAUUUUAGUACUGAAAACAAUACAAACAAACCAUAAGACAAAUGUCCAACACUUUUAAAUUAAUUAUACCAAACAUUUCAUCAAAUUUUUCAUAAUGUGUUCAAAUUUUGAAUUGAAUAUUGAGGCUCAUUUUCCAAUGACACAGAGCUCUUAGGUUUUCCGAAAAAGGCAUUUGAAAAGUGCUGCUAAUAAUGAUAAUAAUGAUU